CGAGACUGUUCGGAGUCUAGGAGUGAUCAUAAGCUUGGACUCACGUUGAUCGGAGUAACUGUAGAAAAGCGGGUCGACCAUCCCGCACAGCUUUUUUCUGAUUGGCAACACGAUGGUCAUCUAACGUAUAUAGCAUCGCCUGUGCUCUUCGUGACGACCAAAUCACAUCGUUACUCAUGACGAGGCAAGCCCAUGCUGGUUUCGCGUGUUUAAACGAAACAACCCUCUUGAACUACACCCACUCAUCAGUAUGGCAGCAAUCCCAGAAGAGAUUUACAUCAAAAGUUCUGCGCCUGACGGUAGCAACCCUGGUGCGCCUGGGCUUAAUGUGAUCAUCGUCGGACUUGGCUUCUGCGGCUUGACAGCUGCGAUCGAAUGCUGCCUCCGCAAAAUGAACGUGACCGUGGUCGAGAUGUACCCAGCAUCUCGGACACAAGGAGACGUCAUCGAUUUCUUCGGCAACGGAGGCAUGAUCAUUGAGUCAUGGGACCAAGGAAAGAUCGCCGAUCAACUAUUGACCAUGAGCAUCAACAACAACGAUACGUUCAAGAUUUUUAAUGCCAAGAACGAACUACUGGUCGAAGAGCCGUGGCUACGGCACAUCCACCAUAGGCGCCGCCAGUUCGCGGGCCAUCGUGGCGAGAUUCAUGAGCUUUUUACCAACUAUGCAACCCGUCUUGGGGCUACACUGAAGCUUGGGGAGCAAGUCGUGGAUUACGUUGAUGAGGGUGUUGAGGGUGUCGACCGUCAAGUUGGCGUUGUGUGCAAGAGCGGGUUUAAGAUUAUGGGCGACGUGGUUCUCUGCGCAGACGGCCCAAAGUCUUUGGCCAGACAAAAGGUCCUGGGACUCGCAGACAACAAGGUCAAUUCCGGGUACGCGAUUUUUCGGGCACACUACUUCCUCACGCCAGAAAUGAGGAAAAAUAUCCAUCUAUCUAGAUUCUGUGAUCCCAAUCACGACUUUACUGGUAUGUGGGUGGGAAACGACCUCCAUGGUCUCAUCUACAGCUGGAACAAGGGAAAGGAUCUCGGCUGGGUCAUAACACAUAAAGACGACGGAGAUAUAACAGAAGGCUGGAGUUUUCCGGGACAAGUGGAAGACGUUCUGGCUUGUCUUGACGAGGCAGGAUUUCCUGAACUAUUCAAGGAAGUCGUGAGAAUGUCACCAGCCAAGAACCUCCUGGACUACAAGCUCGUCUGGAGACACCCUCUCGCAACUUGGCUGCCUCGACAACAAAAUCCUCGAAUGAUCGUCCUUGGCGAUGCAGCACACUGCCAUUUGCCAACUUCGGGGCAAGGUGGUUCGCAAUCAAUCGAGGACGGCGCGGCGAUUGCCGCGUGUCUCGAUAAAGCCAAAGGUGAUGUGUCGCUCGGGUUGCGUGCUUUUGAGAGGAUACGAUUUAAUCGCCAGCAUGUUAUCCAUAUGUUUUCAAUUGCAAAUCGGGAGGAAUACCACAAAGUUGACUGGACACGUGAGUUUGUCGCAGCACACCCAGACGCUCUGAGCAUUGCCCAGCCUGCCUGGAUCAUUGAGCACGAUGCGCGUGGAAACGUCGAUGAGCAUUUCGAUAGAAUCGCAGAGGACAUCAGGAUCAGCAAGAAAGGAAACUUGUUUGAGCUCUCGGUACCUGCAGGGGGGCAACUUGAGAUCUUGCGACCGGGCCAAGACGCUCCCCAGGCUUAUGACACCACAUUCGAUCUCGAGGAUCCUGCUCUGCAACCGAUGCUGCAGAUGCCAACCGUGCUAGCGUAG